AUGAAAAGUGCUUUUAAGUCUGAGUUUCCUUUUGAGAAGAGAAAAGCGGAAUCGGAAAGGAUAGUACAAAAGUUCCAUAACCGUAUUCCGGUAAUUUGUGAAAGGGGCGGCAAAUCAGACAUUCCAGAUAUUGACAAACGCAAAUAUUUGGUGCCAGGCGACUUGACAGUAGGUCAGUUUGUCUACGUGAUUAGGAAGAGAAUCAAGCUUCCUGCUGAAAAGGCCAUUUUCAUUUUUGUGAAUGACACUUUACCACCUACUGCAGCUUUAAUGUCUUCAAUCUACCAACAUCAUAAGGACAAAGAUGGGUUCUUAUAUGUGUCGUAUUCCAGUGAAAACACUUUUGGUGGCGCAGGUCCGUUGCUUGAGAAAUAA